AUGACAAGCGCAGGGACCGACUCCACCUCUUUAGACAAUAAUAACAAGAGGACAAUGUCAAUCAGAUCAAGAAGAACAAAUAGGACAAAGAGUCCUUUACCUAUGCAAGUAUCGGUACCAAAGUUAAGACAGAGUAGGAAGGGGAAUGAGAAUGAGAAUGAUACCAAUAAAGCUCAAUCAUCUACAUCUACAACUACAUCUACAUCUUCUGCGGUGGAUACAAUCACCUUGUCGAAUGAAUAUGAGACCGAGUUCGAACCUACUUUUGAGAUUAUAGUAUUGGGCAGUGGGGGUGGACCUUUAGAGACGGAUUGUUCGGGAUACCUUGUCAAAGCUUCGAAGAGUUCUUGGGAAGAUGGAGUAUUGGCUUUGGAAGGUGGAUCAGGUCUCGGUGCUUUAGCUUCUAUACUUUCCAAUCCCACUACAUCGUCGUCAAACCUCUUUCCGGAUUUGAGAUUUCCCAAAAAUUAUAAUACACCGUUAUUACAGGCUGCUCAUGUGUUCUCGUUUCUAGCAUGCUACCUUAUCACUCACGCACAUUUAGAUCACGUCGGAUCCCUAAUCAUGCUCUCCGGUUCGGUCCCACCCAAAUCAGCUCAACACACUCAACCUCCUACAGAUACCAAUAACGUCUCACCUCAUAAGUCGAAUAACCAGACUAAAGCAGCAACAGCAGCGGCGACUCAUCCUAAACCGCAUGUGUACGGAACGAGGAAAACGCUGGAACAAUUGAGUCAAGCUUAUCAAGGUGGACUAUGGCCAGAGUUGGGAAGUUGGGUGCCGGAUAGAGAAGGUGAUAGACCGCAUCCCCCCGGAAGGAAGAAGAGGAAAAUUGAUGAUGGCGAUAAGAAUGGAUUGGGAAUGGUUAAUGGACCGAAUGGUGAGGUUGAAGGGACGGAGGAGAAUUACAAUUCUUGUCUGUUAUUUAGUCCCCUAAGUACAGAACGUGUUCAUCGACCAUUACAUCCCACUCUCCCCAUCUCGUUACUCACCUAUCCAGUCGCACAUGGAUGUACAUCAAAAAACACUUACGAAUCUUCAGCAAUGUUCAUACGUUAUGAUCCAUCUGCUCUGACUCAGACUCCACCUUCAUCUUCAUCUCACUCUCCGUCAUCAACUACGGAAGGAAAGGGGAAAGGUAAAGAGUUCUUGUUUUUUGGUGAUGUCGAAUCGUCAUAUAGGAAUCCCGGUGAAGAAGAUAUAGAUAUUGAAAGAGGGAAAGAAGCAAAGCGGUUGAAUGAACAUAUCUGGAAAGAGGCUAGCAAGAGUUUUAAAGAUGGGAGAUUAUGUGGGAUAUUCAUUGAAUGCUCAUACGAUUCAUCAAGACCUGCUCAUCUGAUGUUCGGACAUCUAAGUCCACCUGGGUUAUAUCAGGAACUGAGAACGUUAGCUGGAUUCGUAUCAAAAAGCAAGAAACGACCUUUAGAAGGACUGAAGAUAUUUAUUAUACAUAUAAAAGACGCCUUGGUGCCUCAUCCAACGGGGAAGACAGCAAGGGAAAUUAUAAUGUCUGAAUUGAAUGAUUUGGAGAAUGAGGGUGGAUUGGAUGUGCAGUUUAUAGAGACUAAGAGAGGUGAUAGGAUACGUGAGUCCGAAUUUGUACUGCUCAUGUGUGAUAAAAGGAUGGGCUGA